AACAUUAGUCUGUGUUUCUGUUUGAAACUUUGGUUUUGGUUUGAUUUGGAGAGCGAUCAACAACAUUGUUUAGUUGAUUUAAAUAUUAAUAAAAUGGGUGAUGUGGAUAACUUAUUUGAUUGUUUCGAUGAUAAUGAAUCCUCUAUUAAGGAUCUCAACAUUAAGGAAGAUGAGGAGUCUUCAGUACCUGUUAACCAACCCAUAGUGAGUACUAAGCGUCCACAUGAAGAAGUACAAUACGCAGAUACCUCAAAAAGAGUGAAACAUGAAGACGAAGAUGUUGAAGAAAUCACUAGUGAUAUAAAUGUAGAUCUACUAGCCUCAAGAAUAGUUAUCCACACAUUGGAAACACAUGAAGGAUGUACUCAUGAGGUAGCAGUCCCACCAAACCAUGACUAUACACCCCUAGUACCAAUAACUGGAGAGCCCGCCAAACAGUACAGUUUCAUAUUGGACCCCUUUCAGAAUGAAGCCAUAUUAUGUAUCAAUAACUUACAAUCUGUAUUAGUAUCUGCACAUACUUCUGCUGGGAAAACUGUAGUUGCAGAAUAUGCAAUAGCACUCUCUUUGAAGAACAAUCAGAGGGUGAUAUACACAACGCCAAUCAAAGCACUAUCAAAUCAGAAAUACAGAGAGUUUUCUGAGGAGUUCCAUGACGUUGGGCUGAUCACUGGUGAUGUGACAAUCAAUCCAUCUGCUUCCUGCCUUAUUAUGACGACAGAAAUUCUGCGAAAUAUGUUGUACAGAGGUUCUGAAAUAAUGAGGGAGGUUGGUUGGGUUGUGUUUGAUGAGAUCCAUUACAUGAGGGACAAAGAGAGAGGUGUUGUUUGGGAAGAAACCCUGAUCCUGCUGCCCGACAACGUGCACUACGUGUUCUUGUCAGCCACUAUCCCCAACGCGCGGCAGUUCGCGGAGUGGGUGUGCCGCCUGCACUCGCAGCCGUGCCACGUGGUGUACACGGAGUACCGGCCCACGCCGCUGCAGCAUUACAUAUUCCCUGCGGGCGGGGAUGGCAUCCAUCUUGUUGUGGACGAAAACGGUCAAUUCAAAGAAGACAACUUCAACACUGCGAUGGCGGUGCUAAGUAACGCAGGGGAGGCGAGCAAGGGCGACCAGCGCGGCCGCAAGGGCGGCAUGCGCGGCAACACCAACGCCAACAUAUUCAACAUCGUCAAGAUGAUCAUGGAGCGCAACUUCGCGCCCGUCAUCAUAUUCAGCUUCAGCAAGAAGGACUGCGAGCUGUACGCCAUGCAAAUGGCCAAAUUGGAUUUCAAUACAAUUGAGGAAAAGAAGUUAGUAGACGAAGUAUUCAAUAACGCAAUGGACGUGCUGUCGGAGGAAGACCGCAAGCUGCCGCAGGUAGAAAACGUAAUACCUUUGCUCAGACGCGGUAUUGGUAUACAUCAUGGCGGCUUGCUGCCCAUAUUGAAGGAGACUAUUGAGAUAUUGUUCGGCUUAGGACUUAUCAAGGCGCUUUUCGCUACUGAAACGUUUGCCAUGGGCCUCAACAUGCCCGCCAGGACUGUGGUCUUCACUAACUGUCAGAAAUUCGAUGGAAAGGAUUUCCGCUUUAUAACGUCAGGGGAGUACAUCCAGAUGUCCGGGCGCGCGGGUCGGCGAGGACUGGACGACAAGGGCAUUGUCAUACUGAUGAUCGACCAGAAGGUGACCCCCGCCGUAGUGAAGGACAUGGUGCAGGGCAAGGCGGACCCCAUCAACUCUGCCUUCCAUCUUACAUACAACAUGGUCCUGAAUUUAUUGAGAGUUGAAGAAAUCAAUCCGGAAUACAUGUUGGAGAGAAGUUUUUUCCAAUUCCAAAAUCAGGCGGCCAUACCAGAUUUGAUUGACAAGGUAAAAGUCAAGCAGAAGGAAUAUGACGCAUUGACCAUAGAGAAGGAGCAUUCAAUAGCCACGUACUGCAACGUUCGCUCGGAGCUCGAUCUGCUGGGGGCGCAGUUCCGGUCCUUCAUCACUCGCCCCGAGUACUUGAAGCCUUUCCUGCAGCCAGGGAGGCUGGUCAAAGUUAAAACAGAGAAGUACGAGUACGACUGGGGCAUCAUAGUCAACUUCCGCCACAAGAUGGGCAAAGACAAGAAGAACAGAGACAACCCGCUCACGGCCGACACCGUCAUCAUUGUGGACAUUCUGCUGCACGUGAAGAAGGCCAAGCCUGAUGACGCCGACCCCAAUAUACCUUGCCCGCCUGGAGAGACAGGCGAUGUAGAAGUAGUUCCAGUACUCCACACCCUCAUAUACCAGAUCAGCUCACUCCGAGUGUACUACCCCAAGGACCUGAGACCCGCAGACAAUCGCAAGGCCGUGUUGAAGACCAUCAGCGAAGUCAAGAAACGCUUUACAGAUGGACCUCCUUUGUUAAAUCCUAUAAAAGACAUGAAAAUCGAUGAUCCAGUCUUCAAACAAUGUGUAGAUAGAAUACAAGUUUUAGAAGAGAGUUUAUACGCACAUCCCUUACACAAAGAUAAAAACCGUGGAGCCCUAACAGCCGCGUACGAUAAAAAACAGGAAGUAUACGAAGAACUGUCCCAACUCAAGUCCGAAUUAAAGAAAGCGAAAAGCAUACUACAAAUGGAGGAAUUAAAGAAAAGAAAACGUAUUCUAAGGCGAUUGGGUUACUGCACAUUCGCUGAUGUUAUAGAAUUAAAAGGACGGAUAGCCUGUGAAUUAAGUAGCGCGGAUGAGUUACUGCUAACAGAGCUGAUAUUCAACGGCGUGUUCAACGCUCUAAGCCCGGAGCAGAGCGCAGCACUCGUCAGCUGCUUCGUGUGCGACGAGAACUCCUCGCAGGCCUCCUCCACGGGAGACGAGCUCAAAGGCGUGCUGAGACAGCUGCAGGAAUACGCGCGCCGUAUCGCCAAGGCCUCGAUCGAGGCUAAGAUGGACUUGGACGAGGACGAAUACGUCGGCAAGUUCAAGUGCACACUGAUGGACGUCGUGCUGUCGUGGGCCAAGGGAGCCACCUUCUUACAGAUUUGCAAAAUGACUGAUGUCUUUGAAGGUUCAAUAAUCCGAUGCAUGCGUCGCUUGGAAGAAGUACUGAGACAGUUGUGUCAAGCGUCGAAAAACAUUGGCAAUACGGAUCUAGAGAGCAAGUUCAGCCAAGCGAUCAAGAUGCUGAAACGCGACAUCGUGUUCGCGGCCAGUCUAUACAUGUAAUCAAAUUUAUUUAUAUACGAUAAGAUCUUUA